GUUUGAGGACACUUCCGCCUCCUCGCUGGACUGAUGUCGGAAGACAAAAAAAUAGCUUCAGUGCUUCAUUCCUGUGUUAACAUCUACCUUCUUUUCAGAGAGAUACAAAAAGCCAGCAGACAGAGGCUGCCAGACACAAUCACCAAGACAUGCUCAGUUGGGACACAGUUUUCCAUAAAGACUCUCCAACCGCAUGUCAGAAGUACAGGGAUGCAGACAACCCCGCACUAUACAGACAUCUGUGAAGAAUAUUUUCCCAAGCAGCAAGAGUGGACCUCAAGGAUGGAGCAGGAUGAGCCCCAGACCCCCUAUAUUAAAGAGGAAGAGAAGGAGCUACAGUACCCUCACAUUAAAGGGGAAGAGGAGGAGCCAAACCAACCCCAUACUAAAAAGGAGGAGGAGCCACAUACCUCUUAUAUUAAGGAAGAAAAGGAGUCGGAGCCCUCCCUUAUUUUGCAAAGAAAGAGGAGUCGUAGUGCUGCCCACAUUAAAGAGGAAGAGGAGGAACACAGCAUCAGUCAGGAGGGAGAACAUCUUGAAUGGUUGGAGGAGUUCCCAGUGAUUGGUGUGAUUGUGAAGAGUGAAGAUGAUGAGAUCAAAGGUGAAAGUGAGGAGAAGAGAGAGGCGGAGCCUCCAAGCAGCAGCUCAAUUCAACACAUGACAACAGAAGCUGAUGGAGACCACUGUGGAGGAUCACAAGCAGACAAGCUCUUAGCUCCACUAUCAGAUAGUGACGACAUAACGUCUCACUCUCCUGACACUAAUGAUGAAGACUCUGAAGAUGAUAAGACAUGUCACACUGACAACACACACUUUACCUGUUCUCACUGUGACAAAACUUUUAAACACCAUUGUCGUUUGGUAAGACACAUGAGAAUACACACUGGAGAGAAACCUUUUUCCUGCUCAGUGUGUGGUAAAGGUUUGGCACAUAAAAGUGUGCUGAAAGAACAUAUGAGAAUACACACUGGAGAAAAACCUUUUUCUUGUUCAAUUUGUGGAAAAUAUUUUAUAAGAAGCUACUAUUUGAAAGCACACAUGACAACACACACUGGAGAAAAACCUUUUUCCUGCUCAGUAUGUAGUAAAGGUUUUUCACAUAAAAGUGUGCUGAAAGAACAUAUGAAAAUACAUACCGGAGAAAAACCUUUUUCUUGUUCAAUCUGCGGUAAAGAUUUUCCUCGCAGCUACCGUUUGAAAGUACACAUGACAACACACACUGGAGAAAAACCCCUUUCCUGCUCAGUAUGUGGUAAAGGUUUUGUACAUAAAAGUGCGCUGGAUGGACACAUGAGAACACACACUGGAGAAAAACCUUUUUCUUGUUCAAUCUGCAGUAAAGGCUUUGCCGAAAGGCAUCGUUUAAAAACACACAUGACAACACACACUGGAGAAAAACCUUUUCCCUGCUCAGUAUGUAAUAAAGGUUUUGUAGACAAAAGUGUGCUAAAAGUACACAUGAGAACACACACUGGAGAAAAACCUUUUUCUUGUGCAAUCUGCAGUGAAGAUUUCAGUGAAAGACACCAGUUGAAAUCACACAUGAGAAUACACGUCGGAGAUGAAUCUUUUUCCUGCUCAGUAUGUGGCGAAAGUUUUACACAUGCCGGCGGAUUAAAAAUACACAUAAGAAGGCACACUAAAGACAAGUGUUUUUUUUGCUCGUUAUGUGGUAAAGGUUUUGCACGAAGUGGCGGAUUGAAAAUGCACAUGAGAAUGCACACUGGAGAAAAACCGUUUACCUGUUUAAUCUGUCGGAAAGGUUUUGUUCAAAGUCAAUAUUUGAAAGAACACAUGAGAACACAUUGGUGAAAAAACAUAUCCCUGUAUAAACCUCAACAAAAAGCUUUGGUGAACAAAUAAUGUUUGUAGUACACAGAAUAGACAGUGUAGAAUUACAGUGUGUGUGGUGAAAGAUUCGCUACUAAGUAUCAGUGUAAGAAACACAAGUGUGCUGGUGAGAACAGCAGCAGCAAAUGAAGAUGCAGGAUUUAAAAUAAAACUUUAAACAAAACAAAGCUUUGACUUUGACUUUCUAACAACCUCAGCACAUAUAACAUGUGUGACAUCAUUGUUGUGUGUGUAACACAAUCUUGUCAAUAUGUUUCUAACAUUUAUAGAUUAUAUAUGUUAGAUAUGUCCUUUUAGUAAAGUAUAUGAAUUAUGUAAUAUUGUGUACUUUGAUUUUAAAUUGAACAGAACAAUUCAACAGAAAAGGUGUAAGUUAACAGUACAAAACAUUGUACACACAAACACGUGUAUAUAGAUACUUAUAAUUCACUUCUAUAUUUAAUCACAAUAGUGUUUUAUAUAGGCUAUUGUAAUGAAGUGUUAUUUUAUUUAAUUUUUUCGUUGAAUAUUUCAUGCAUGAACUCCAUUUAUAUAAUGUACAUAUUUGUUUUACAUUUGUUCAUACCUUUGCUUUUGAGUACACAUAAAUCCCUCUUAGUUCAUUUUUACUGACACAACUUCUGGACCACUUCUGGAAGCAUAUUAUUAUUUACUUUAUACAUCAUUUGAGCAGUUGUAUUUUAUACAAGAUAAUUUACUUUUAAAAUGUGUGAUUGUAUGAAUUAUUG